AUGCCAAUUACCAUUAGACAUGCUACGAUAGACGAUAUUCUCGCUAUGCAAAACGCAAACUUGCAUAAUCUUCCAGAGAACUACAUGUUGAAAUAUUACAUGUACCACAUUCUUUCAUGGCCCGAAGCUUCGUUUGUGGCUACUACUACAGAUGAUGUAGAUGAUGUGAUGGAUACGCUGGUGGAAGACGAAGAGGAUGUUAAGUCGCUGCCUUUGCCUCAGGAACCCAAGCUAGACCCAUCUUACAUUGCGCAUUCGGGCGAGAAAUUGGUCGGAUACGUUUUGGCCAAGAUGAAUGAUGAUGCAGACUCCAAGGAAACCGAGCCUAACGGUCAUAUCACAUCCCUCAGUGUGAUGAGAACUUACAGAAGAAUGGGACUUGCUGAGAAAUUGAUGAGACAGGCGCUCUUUGCUUUGUGUGAAGUGCACAAGGCAAAGUUCGUUUCUUUGCACGUGAGACAAUCGAACAGAGCUGCAUUGCAUUUAUACAGAGACACACUAGCAUUCGAGAUGCUCAGUGUUGAAUCCAGUUACUACCAAGAUGGAGAAGACGCAUACGCCAUGGAGAAACGUUUGGAGUUAGACCAGCUCCUGCCCAGCUCGUUCCAAAACGCCCAAGAAGAAGACGAUCUCAAGUCCGAUCUACUAGCAGACAUAGCCUCAGAGGCUAUUCAGCAAGCAUCUGUAUAA